CCGGUUUAAACAGUCACGUUUCCGCCAUCAAGCACGCAGGUAAUGAGAAUCAACCCAAAGAGCAAGCAUAACACCAAUUUGCAGGGAAACCUCAGCCAUAAAAUCACAACCAGCUGAGGGGUAGGGUAUAAAACCUUCACAGACCACGCCGAGAUGUUUAAACUCGAGGGGUUAGGGCCGAAAAUGGACCCAGAGGAAAUGAAGAUGAAGAUGCGACAGGACGUCAUCUCGUCCGUGCGCAAUUUCCUAAUCUAUAUUGCCAUUCUCAGAGCCACUCCAUAUAUCUUGAAGAAGUUGGAUAGCAUUUGAGACCAUCUACCGCUCCAGGAUUCCCACACUCAGUUUACUGCAACAAGCACUAUGGACAUAACGAUGACAGGGGAACAGCGAGCUAAACACCAUCAUAUGGAUCCUAUAUGGAAUACUUAUUUAUAGGCUACAAUGAAGACAUUGCGUUGUGUCCCCCAAAGCACUUGAACACUAAGUAGUUGUAAUUUGUAGUUAUCAAGAUGUCCUCUGUUUUUGUUUAUGGUUAGUGCUCAGUAACAGAAAAACUGAGGAGUAUUUCUGUCUGUAAUAAAGCCCUUUUGUGGGGAAAAA